GAUAAAUCAGGUAAAAGUCAAAGCAAAAUAAACCUGAAAUCUCUCAAGUUGAAUCUAUUAUUUGGGCACACAAAAUGCCAGUUGGUGUCAAAUGGAGCAAACCUUUCAAUCCUCACAAAUCCAGAUAACAGUAUAGGCUACAUGCUAUAUUAGAAGAGUAACGUGAAGUGGGCAAAACUCUGUCCCACACUUCCUGUGCAGAAAGAUCAGUGUCAGCUCUCUGAAUUUUUCAUGCACACAGCAUCAGCACAGGCUUUGAGUUGAAGACCAUGCACGGUGCUGGAGAAUGCCAUGGCCAAAAUGUUGGUGAAUAAUCCAGCCCACAGCUGAGAGGCUGAUACAAGGCUGUUGUAACUGCAGGGGAAUGAGGGGUGCUGUGGCAUAGUUAACAAUUCCAGUGGACCAUGAUACCAAGCCUUAUUUGAAGGUUGAAAACUUAGAGCUCUUAUUUGGAGAGUCUAGAAGCUCUUUUGUAUCUACCUCAUUCACCAUGACUUUUCCAGGUACUUACCAGCCUAGUUCUGAAUCAGGGCAAAACAAAUUAUUUGUCUUUUAGAAAAUCAUGAAAACCACAAUUCUUACUUUUUUUUUUUCCUUUUUCUUUUUCUUUUUCUUUUUUUUUUUUUUUCAUGAAAGCAGCUGUGCUGUUUGAAGGGUCAGCUCUUCCUCUGAGAACCUGCCAGAUGAAUUUCCAGGCCUGGCUUGCCUUCCCAAUGGGUUUAUUGCUGUGCUGUGCUCUCCAGACAUCUGCUGUUCAGCAUCCUUCAUCUCAUAACUGCACCAGCAGUGCUCAAAGAAUAUCCUUCAGCCACUUCUGUAAGAUUGACCUGCUCACAUCCUCCCAAGUUAAAGCUAAAGCAAAUCUGCUACAGCAUAAUGAAGAGAAUAGUACAAUGCGUCCUGGAGAGGCCAAGAGAAAUGAAAAGCAGAAUAUAAUCUUCAGGCACAACAUCCCUGUGCAUGCACCCACAGGGAACUGUGAAACUUUGACCCACAUUAAGGAUCUCUUUGAAAAGAUGGAGAAGCUUGAGAGGGAAGUGGCAGAGCUGAGGGAAGUUUGCAGCCCUCAGAAGUGCUGUGGAGAAAGCCAAGUUGUCCCUCACUGCAGUGGCCAUGGCAGUGCUGGGAGUUGUGGCUGUGAUGAGCCUUCUGGUGAGGAUUGCAGCCUUCAGGGGUGCCUGGAGACCUGCAGUUCUUGCCACAGUGGGAUCUGUGGCACAGCCAGAGGGGUCUGCCAGCACCACAAGGAGUUCAUUGGCCAGGACUGGAGUGAGAAUGAAUGUCCUGGGGAUUGCAGUGGCUUCUGUGACACAGGUUACUGCUGCAAUGGCUUCUUUGGCCUCUACUGCUCCAGGGUAAGACAUGCCUGGGAGUUACUUCUCUCUUCAUUCUUGCAAUUCUCUCCUUCCCAUACACUUCUAGUUAAUCCUGUAGGUAAGCCAACCCUGGGAUCACCAUGGUUGGUUUGGAGUUUCUGCUGGCUGACUGGUCCUUCCCGGCAUGCAGUCCAUGCUGUCUGGGUGACAGAGGAGAUGGAGCACUCCCUGGAAGGGGAGUGGGAGAACCCACAAACAGAUGUGCAUUAUUACAAGCUGAAGUUCAGAUCGCUUGUGGAGAUGGAUGAGAAGCAGGUCAUGGUGCCCAAAAGCAAUGACCCUGAGAGCAGAUGCAUCCUCACUGGUGAGCCUGAAACAGAACAUGAGGUCACUGUCAUACCUGUGAAAGACAACAGAGGGAAACCAUCCUCAGGGACUGGCAGGACUGGAGUCGAUAGCCCAAUCAAUGUGACAACUGACCAGGAGACAGAAGAUACCACCCCUGUCUCAUGGAAUAAAGUGGAGGCUCCCUUAGGUACAUGGGGAGAUUCCUCAGCUCGUGGAGACACCAAGGAAAUACAGGUAGGCACUGAAAACGACAUGGUCACCCAACUGGAUCUGAAGCCAGACAUGGAAUAUGUCACUGUCAUCUGGGCAGAGAAGGGCCCCCAGAGGAGCAAGAAGGCAAGCACCAGAGCUGUGACAGUAUCCCAGACUGCAGAGCAGCAGAAUGGAAAUGCCUCUGGCAGCAUGUACACCAUUUAUGUAAACAGGGAUGGCAGCAGGCUGCUGCAGGUGUACUGUGACAUGGGCACUGACAGAGGCUGGUGGACAGUGAGUCUUGACAAGCUACACAACCUCAUGAGCUGCAGCUCCAUCUGCUAUGAGCUCUGUGGAUUUGUGGACAGCCAACAGCUCUGUCUGUGCUAUGACUUCUUCCAGGCUGCCUCAAGCAGGGAUGGAUACAGGCUGUCAGUGGGGAAUUACAGAGGCAGUGCUGGGGAUUCAAGGGCCUGCCACAAUGGCUGGAAGUUCACAACAUGGGACAGGGACAGAGUGGCUCUCAGCAGCUGUGCCCUGACACACCAGGGCACAUGGUGGUGUAAGAGCUGCCACCUGGCCAGCCUCAGUGGGAGGCACGGGGAGAGCAGUCACAGUGAGCUGAGCAGCAGAGCUGGUGGCGUGAACUAGGAGUCAUGGAAAGGACAUUAAUUCUCCAUCCCUUUUAUGGAGAUUAAGAUCCAUCCUCAGUCUUCCAGUAAUGAGCCAAUCCUGGGGAGGAGGAAGAAGUCUUUAUCAAAGAAGAGGGAAAAGAUCAGGGCUUACAUAGAACUCUCUGCAGAACAAUAUCCAGUAUUCAAUAUUUCUUCACAAAGUUUGAUUCAGCUUUCUCCAAUACAAAGGAGACCACAGCUGACCAAUGUGCACCCAGGGACAUCUGGAUCUGCAGGCCAACCUGCUACCAGACUUUGGAGCUGCUAGUGGGUGAUAUUCCUCAGCCUCCGGUUUCACAUGUCUGCAGGUUAAAAUCUUGAUAUUUUGCUUGUGUUGUGUUUCCCAGCCCAGAGAAAAAGGAGAUGUGCAGUAGAUUGAUGUUCACACUCCAGGGUGAGGCCCGAAACAGGGUGAAUGUAAGGUCCACUCUCCUCCAGGCUCUGCUCACCAUCCCAGACCUGCCUCUCUCUACUGCUUGCUUACAGACAAUUAACCAAAUUCCCUAUGUGACUGUUCCAUCUGCUGCCUGCUGCUUUUUCAUCAGCAGUGUGGCAGGUAGUGAUGCUGAAAUAACACUUGUCAUCCACCUCUAGAAUGAGCAUCUCUUGGAAUUAAACUGAUCCUCUGUGCCCCAGUGCAUGGUUUCACAUUUGACUGCUUUUUCUUUUUUUUUUUUUUCUUUUUAGUCACUGCUGUAAAGGUGAGGUUUAUUUUCUUUCCCUGAGAAGAUAUUAAAAUUCUGGACAGCCAGCUCCAGCCAGGGGAGAAGUAUGAGCUAACCAAACGCUACUUGCUCAAAGGCUUCCUUGUCUGAGCACACUGGGACAUGGUUGUCCCAUGUCUUAAUGGCCUUCCCUAUCACAGUGCUAAGCUGAGUAAUACUUUCUAAAGAAUCCUUCCCAGGCUUUGGAGAAAGUAAUAUAAUCGCAGAUAAAGGAGGUCUUAAAAUAUUUCUAUCUUCUUUGCUUUGGGAGGUAGAAUAUUUUGCUUCCUGUUAAAGCAUUUUGCUUUAAUAAAAUGGAAGUGGAAGCAUUACCCAGGCCUGGAGUGGGGCUGUACUGCUCAGGUCUUUGGGGUCUGCUCCAAAACAGGGAUGGGGAUUGAGUUCUCCAUGUGACUUAACUCUGUGAAGCGCUUUACUGAUGUGUGCUCGCUAGGACCUGGCUGAGGAGAGGCAGCUAAAGAGUUGUCUCUGAAAGGUGAGGACUAAAUUCUUCCUCAUACUUCCAGGGCUGUGCCUGUUUGGGUGGGCAGGUGGGCAGAGACCCAU